AUGGCGUUAGAAGAGGGCUGGGAGCAGCACUACGCGCUGCCCAUUCUCAACGCAGAAAACAAGGCGCUCAUAGAUGAGAUAUGCGUGAUCAAGAGGGAACUGGUGAAACUCAAAAACAUACGCGAGACCAAUAAAGAAAAAAGGCAACUAGGAAACGACUGCCUGAAAAAUGUCAAAAAGGAGCUGGAAGUCACAGAGGCUCUUUGCGCGGCAAAAGAUAGAGAAGCCACGUUGGAGAAUGACUUCGCCGCCGUUGCCGAGAGAGAAAAAGGCCGUCUGCUGCAAGAGAAUAUCAAGAUGGAAAACGAUAUUCUCAAUUUGGCUGAAAAGUCCAAAUAUUUUGAGAACAACAUCACGAAGGCCAAAGAGAAGCUGGAGAAGUUUUGUGCGCAAAUGAACUGGGACCAGAAAGCCUUGGACACUUUUUUGGAGGAAUCGGCCAUCAAAGACGAGGACACCAUGGCCAUCAUCAAGUAUACGCAUCAGGAUGAGAAGAGGAUCAAGUCGCUGACCAUGGCCAUCGAGAGGAUGACGGUAGAAGGCGGCAAAAAGCGCAAAAUACUGGACAAAGAAAUGACCGAAACUUUGGCGGCGCAGAUCGCUUUGGACAAGACGACGGACACUUUACAGCAGGCUCACGUGGAAACGGAGCAGAUCAUCCGCCAGUGGGAAAACACCAUCCAGCAGAUGAAGCAAAGAGAUCAAGACAUGCAUCAGUGUGCUCUGAAAUUGGCCCAGACGAACCAGACCAUCCGAGAAAGGGAUGAGACUUUGUCAGAGUUGAUGAGCUUGCAAGACUCUCAAAUGAACGACAACAAGGAGAAAGAGAAGAAGUUGGCCGCCUCCAAUCGUCAAGCCGCCAAACUGCGACUGCAUCUCAAGCAGGAGGAGAAGAAUUUGUUCGAGAUGCAGGAGGAGCUAAAAACUUGCAAAGCUUUACUGGAUCGAACAACCACCAGCGUUCAUUCCACCAGGUCCCACAUCCAAAGGCUGAGGGAAGACAUCCAAAACAACAAUGACAAACUGAUUCAAACGGGAGCCCAAAACAACGCCCUUGAGGCCAAGCUAAAAUCGGUGACCCGGAAUGCCUUGACCGAAAAGGAAAAAGCUGCCCAGAUGGAAGUUUUUCUCAAGGAGGAAGAACAAGCCAUCAAGGAGCUAGACAACCAACUCCGCGAACGCAGCAAGGAGCUGGUCCGCUGCCAGCAGAACGGGGAAGACUACAAGAGAAAAGAGAAGAAUUUUAUGGCGCACAUCAUACGCAGCAAAUGCACCAUCAACACCUUGGAAUGCCAGCUCAGGAAACAGGAGGAAUACUUGGUCAAACAGAUGAUGAUCAUGAAUGAAAAGGACUCCCAGUUGAUCAUUUUAGAUAAAAAACUAGCACGACUGCAAGGCGUGGUGGGCGAUUCGGACGAAAAGAUCGAGAUGGAACUGAAGAUCACGGAGCUGCUGAAUUCUUUGGAGGAGACCAAGAAGACGUCCAGUAAGAUGCUGGUCAAAAUCAAGGAGUCCGAGGAGGACAUUCGCUAUUUGAAGAAAGAGAAGGACGAUUCGGCAAGUCAGAAGGAAGAGCUGUACAACAAAGUAGCGGAGCUCAAACUCAUCAAUAACAACAUGGAGAAAGAGCUGAAGCGGCUUCGGUUGAAGAAACAGGAACAUAUUGUCGAGCAGAACAUCUCUAAGCUUGAGGUCAAGCGGAAGAGGGAUCUCCUCUUUAACAAGGCCAACAGCGUGGUGUCCUUGGAGAAAAGGCAACUCAAUGUGAAGAAAGCCAUCCAGGAAAGGCAAGAGGAGAUCAGGGUCUACACUCAAAUGCUCAACCAGCAACUGAAAACCACCGACCAGGAGAGACAGAGAGUCAACCAGGAACUGAAUAUAAAGUUACAUAAGGUGGAAGCCACAAAGAAACAUUACGAGGUGGUGACCUUUACCAUGGCGGUCCAAGAUGAUGACGAGGACGCCGUCAAGUCUCAAGCUCACUAUAUUGCUAAGGCGGCGCUGGAAAAGGCCGAACUCAAACAGCAAGGAGAGUGUCUCAAUAACAAAAUCCGCAAGGCCGAGCGGGAAAACAAAGCUCUGGAGAACACCACCUUGUUAUUUCACAUCAAUAAUACUGGUUUCAGCACAACCGUCUUCAAAGCUAAAGAAGCCACGCCAGAUUAUCAAGAAAAAUUAAAGCUGGAAAAGCAGAUCGUCGUCGCCGAGGAGACGCUCGUGACCAAGAAGGAAAUGGUCGAAAAGCUUCGUGAGUUCGUGCAGGAAAUAAACAGCUCCCUGAAGAAUCGACUCCAGGCCAAACAAGAAUUGGAGAAAGAAGUAAGGGACAUCAUGGAGUUUAACGAUUCUAUCGACGAGAUGCUGAUUGCCGCCAUCAAGUACAAACCUCACCUCAAGUCCACGCUGGAGCAACAUUUUACUCAGGCCAAUCUGCAUUUUCCUACUCGCUCCGGCACCGUUGCCACCGUUAGUAAAAGGUCCGCCAUCGUCAGCACCUCUAUCUCUGCCAGGCACGCCGCAUUCUCAGCCAGCACCCAGAGGCCUUCAGAUGAAUCCGACCUUUCUGUGAAGACUGUCAUUCUGGGCCAGGAUCUGCCCUAA